CUCGCCGCCCCCCCCCCACCCCCACCUCCCACUGCUGCUAUUGGAAACUACUGUAAUUGCCUGCUCAGGCGAGGCCACCCUUCCUCCUCCUCCCUCCUCUCGGCUCCAAAAUUGAAAGGCCCAGAUCGAUGGAUGCUUCCUCCCCUCGCCUUCCCCCUCGCGAUUGAGCGCCGGCCGGACCCCAAGCGGUCGCUUCCCAAGGAGUCCCCAAUCCCGAUUCCCCCAACGCCCCCUCACCUCAUCCUGUUCCUGCGCCAUAGCGAUCCGCCCGGGCUGAUGCUUGAUUCUCCUUCCGCGCUCCUCGGGUUCUUUUAGGGGAACUUUGGGGGAAUUCCGGUGAGGUUCCUGUGGCCGCGCGGGGCUCUAGCCAUGGCGCCCGCCCCGGCUCCGGCCAUGGAUGUUGAGGACGGAGGUGGCGGUGGUGCCAAGAACCAGAACAACGUGUUGGUGGUCAAAUCCGAGAACGUCUCCACGGGGGGCUUCAAGGAUGGUGGUGCUCUUGUCGUCCCUGGCUCCAAGCCUGCUGGUGGCCAUCCGGUGGUGUCCCCUGAGUCUCUUAAAGACGAGGGAGGGGAUACCACAGAAUGCUCGAGUUCGUUUGGGGACACUUGCUCUGGGUUUGACGAUGAGGCGGACGGUGGUGAACCAGAAGUGAAUUCUCACAUUUCGGCCCCUGCUGAUGGUGGUCCGGCCUCGAGGCUACCUAGAAGGAAAAAGGUGACAGCUGAGUGGAGGAAUGCUGUUCGUCCAAUUCUGUGGAGAUGCCAGUGGUUAGAGUUGCGCAUGAAGGAUCUUUCAUCUCAAGUAUCAAAGUAUGAUAGGGAGCUUGCUCUAGUCAAGAAGGAAAAAGAACUGCAACAGGCAGUAAGCAAAAGAAAUGGUUCUAUGCCAGAACCGAUGCAGAUUUGCAAAGGCCAUGGAAACAGUAGCAUGAAGAGGAGAAAGAGGAAGAGACAUGAAGACACUUCAGACACCUCAUUGUACAUCAACAAGCACCAGAUAUUGUCAUACUAUUAUGACAAACAAAAUAAGGAAGCUGAAGCUGAUGACCUCUUAACUGAUGAUGAUUGUAGCAGUCCAGUUGAUGGUGGUAUCAGAGGUGGACUUGACACUGUUACAUUGCUUGAUGCCGAGGAAUAUGAUAUGAUUUUCGAGCAACUUACUUUAAGGGACAUUCUCUUGACAAUCGAUGGGGUCCAGUCUCAAGUUCAUUUGCUGCAAGAUCGUGUCAGCAAGGCUCAUUCUGAAGAAGAAAAGUUGGCAUUUCCUGAGAACAAUACUCAUGUCAGGUUGGCUCGGAAGAGGCAGAAUACUCAAAAGCGCUCAUUCUCUUACACAAAGUGUCGAUAUAGUAAACCACAGAAAAAGAAGAAUCUAAACAUUUUGCUGAAGGAUGAUGAUGGACCAGCUUUUGCAGCGAGACCUGCUUUGUCUGACAAGGAAACUGAUGGUCUUUUAAAAGAUGCAAGUGGGAAUGCUGAAGAAAAAAGUGGUGAGUGGAAUCACUCACUGGAUAAAGCCAUCACUGUGGACCUACUCUUGGGUGUUGACAGUUCCCUACCAAAUGGUCAUUUGGGGGAUUUGUGCAAAGAAAACACUGAUGAUAUCCUCAUAGACAAUCAAGCAGCCAAUGAAGGCUGUCAGCAGUUUGAGAAGGUCAAGCGUCUGCUUUCUGAAACUUCAUCCAAAGGCCAGAACACUUCUGCACCAGUGGAAACGAAGAGCACUUCUGCUCCAGUGAAAGUUGAUGGUACUUCUCCACCACUCAAUGUAGAGAGUACUUCUGCUCCAGUGGUGAAACAAGAAACAUUCCUAGAAAAAUCAACCAUGAUGAAGCCUGCCUGCCCUGGUAAGAAACAGGGGCAGAAAUCCAAGAACAAGAAGAAAGGCGGGGGUUCUGCAUGGUCGAUCAAGAAGCAGAGUAAAGAGGCCACCAAAAUACCUGUUGCAAAACAGAAAACUGAGAGCAUGUCCUCUGCCGCAGAGGAGAUGGAAUUCAUGACCCCUCUUUCUGCUUGGAAGAAGUGUAAAACUGGGAAGUCGUCCUUGGCAUCAAAGAAACAGAAAACUGGAAAGUCAUCCUCAGCAGCAAAUAAGUGGAAAACUGAAAACUCAUCCUCAGCUGCAAAGAAGCAGGAGGCUGAGAGCACCCCUUCCAAGCUGAAGAUUGAAAAGGCUGUGCUGGUGGCUGUAAAUAGCAGGAGGAGCCAAAGGGUCCGGAAGCCUAAAGUGUUUACUGAAUGAAGCGGAGCGGCCUCUCCAGGUCGUGAUGAUGUGUAUGUAUCAUCAGCAUAGGGAUUGUUGAUUUAUGUCUCUUCCCUUCUGUCUCGCCGCUCAAGUUUGUUGCCAUAUAGGAAUAAGUGAUUGAUCGUCAUGUAAGUUAGUGUACAUAUCAGCCUGCCUAGGUAAAGAAAGUCUGGAAUGGUUGGUUAGCCUUACCCUUUCCUUCUGGGGUACCAAACUAACAAUGUCAUGUCGUGUUACCUGUGUAUCAGAAAAGGAAAAAAAAGGAGAGAAAUUUAUGUA